AUGACGUGUCGCGUUUUGCCAGCAAAUUGGUCUUUUCGAAUUUUUGAACAAGUGAGAACAGACACAAAAAUCUAGUGAGUUUUGAGGAGUACUGUAGACAGGGUACUGUAGAUAAAAUAUAACUUCUAGACAUGGAAGAUCGUAAUAUUACUGAUGCGGAUCGAGAAUGUCCAAAACAGGUGGACUAUGAUGAACGGGUCAAACCAACGAAGGAUUUGAAAGCUCUUCAACCGGUGCGUGAAUCGGGUCUUAGAUUAAUCGGGCCUAAUCGGGCCUGUCCGAUGGUCAUCCUGGCUCAAUUCAAAAAAUCUUCAAAAUCAGAUUUUCAGGGAGAGAACAUUGGUAAAAAUUGGAAGAUGGUGCGAGCGAUCGAUGCGGAAAAAGGGUUCAACACGAUUUAUAUUGCUGAACACUUGAAGAGCAAGAAAAUGGCGGCGGUUAAGGUAUCUUCCAAGAAUUCAGGUCCAAAAUUUACAAAAAUUUCAUUUUUCUACAGAUGGAGAAGAAGAAUGAGCCGAUUGAGAUUCUGAAAUUCGAACUAUACAUUUUGCUGAAAGUGGAGCAACAGAAAAAGUGCAAACAGUUUUGCAAGGUCUAUGAAAAAGGGCAGGAGCCCGAGUACAAUUUCAUCGCAAUCACUUUGUGCGGCAAAAAUCUUCGCGCACUUCGAAAACGUCUUCCCGGCGGGAAAUUGUCGCUUUGUUGUGGGCUGAGUGUUGCGCAACAAUGUUUGAAAGGAAUCGAGGAACUUCAUCGGGUAAAUUGGAAAAUUCAAACCACGCGCACUCUCGUCAACGCGGAGUCUCGUUGUUUUUUGAAAAACUAGAAUAGAUUUUGAUUUUUCGGGGAGAUUUUUGAGCAGCUUGAAAUUUUGAAUUCAAAAAUGAGCCUAACUGUUGAACCUUUAGGCUCUCAUCAAUCAAAAAGCUCUAAAAAUUCUGGAAAAAAAAUGUUUUGCUUAUGAAAAUUGUUAUUUUUCUCAAAAAAGAAAUGAAAAUAAAACAACGAGACUCCGCGUUGACGACACCGCGAAAAUUUAGCAAUAGAGCGAACAUGCAUUCUUCACAUUUUGCAGCUUGGUUUCAUUCAUCGAAACAUUGCUCCAUCGACAUUUGCCAUCGGAAAUUAUAGUGGAAAAAAUCCGGAAGAACUUCGAAAUGUCUACAUUUUGGAUUUCGGCUUCGCACAUCAAUACGUAAAACCAGAUGGAAAAUUGAAAGCGCCAAGCGUAAAUCCAUGGAAAUAUGUUGGAAGUUUGAGACAUAUGCCAAGAACUGCUUAUAGUCAUGUCGAAUUCAGUCGAAUGGAGGAUUUAGAAAUGUGGUUUUAUAUGACAGUUGAAUUAAUCAAGGGAUGUUUGCCGUGGGCACAUUUGAAAGAUAUGAAGGAAGUUUUUGAAUAUCAAAAAGCUUGUCGAAAUGGUCUUCCGAUGAGAGAAUUACUUGGUGGAUUACCGGCUGAAUUUGUUGAAAUUAUGCGCGCUGUAAGUCACAUUUUUUUGAAAUUUCAGUUAUUCUUGACUCAUUUUCAGAUUGAUAAACUAUCGUUCAAAAUUGAACCCAACUACAAUGAUAUUUAUGGAUGGUUGAGCAAUGCGAUUUUGUUUAGUGGAAAAUCUGAAUUUCCAUAUGAUUGGGAGGAAAUGGAGAUUGAGGAAUUCAAGAAUCCGCCGAAACCAGAAGAAAAGAAGGAGGAGAAGAAGCCGGAGGAGAAAAAAUGA